AUAAACAGAUAUGGAAAAAAAGUUCUAUUAUCCGGACAAAAUAAAAACACAUGUGGCAGCAGAAACAGAAGCACCAGAUACAGAAAGUAUACAGUCGUUUGAUCAGAUUAUAGAAGAAGAAGAGCAAUCGUUCCCGCAAAAAGAGCAAGAUCAGCCUGAAAUAGAUGAAGAAGAUACGCCUGCUAAUGACUUGGCAUUGGUCCCGUCCUACAACAAUCGAUCGAUAACAACUCCCGAGCAAAAGAGCAUACUGCGAGGAGUGGCUGGCGAGUACUUGAAGCUUGUGAAGACCAUCGAGCGACAAAUCCAGGUUGCCAGUCCGAAGCCAGGACUCUCUGUUGCCGCCGAACAGUGCUGCGAACUGGCACGUCGCAUGAAAUUUAAUGAAAAGGAGAAGGAAAGUUCAAUGAAGCUUAGUUUUGUGGAACUUUUUAGGCGGCGCGUACAAUACGACCGUAUGGGAGUACCGCUUUCGGUAAACGAGGUUAUCUACUUGGACGACUACGAACGGGAGUGGCGGCACAUGGAGAGUAUUCUUAGCGAUUCGGACCAGUACAUAGACGAUAACCAGCCUGACAGCUCGAAGCAAGCGGAAGCGAUAAUGGAGCUAGGGUAUAGUUCGAAUUCAGUAGACAACGAUACAAGGCCUAUACAAACCCAGACACAUCAACGGAAGCUCCGGCCAAACCGGCAGCAUGGACAUGAAAACGAUCGCGAUUUAUUUGGGAAUGAGAGCUGCGGGUGCAUUUGUCCCAACACACAACGUGCUUCCGGGGGCAGUGAAUUGGCAAUGGGCGGCUAUGCCGAGAGGUUUGAUUUACCCCAAAAUCGUGCUUGUGGCGCCUACCAGACGUACUCAGGUGCACCAACGAAGCCAGAGAAACAUAAACUUUACGAUUAUACAGGGACGAACUUUUCUCCGCAAUUCCACGGAGGCAGGCGAAGACAGAAGCCAGGAAGCCAGGAAAAUAUCAAUUUGUCAUUGUACCCUGAGAAUUCUAACCCGUAUGAGUAUGACAGGAACAUUUUAUUGGAAGAUGGACGUCACUUGCAUGUCCAUGAAGCUCACGCCUGUGCUCCGAAAUUUGAUGAGAAAAAAUACUUAGACGAGUACGAAAAGCAGUUGAGCAAUGAACACAAAGAAAGGAGCCAUAAUUCAAAGGUUGCGGACAGUAGCCGUUCACAUAAAAAUGACAGACAACAUAGCACUGGGAAGCAUCGGAAGGAGUACGAAGAUGCACGACACCCGACACAGUUUCCCCAGAAUACUCCGAAUAGUCGUAGAGAGUACGAUAGACAAAUAGUUAUGGAAAAUCGUCCACAAGCGCACAACUAUUUCGAAACGAGCAAUGUCAGCGAAGUGCCCAACAGUGCCCCACAGUAUCCGGAUGAAUAUUAUCCUCUAAAUCAGAACAGGCAGACGAUGGAUCAACAACAACAACGAUUGCCCGAUUACGUGGACGAAAGGAACGCUUCAACAUACUACAAUCGCCAUCAUGUGGGUCGACAAGAAAAGCAGUUGAAGAAGGAACAAAGGAAUCAAAUGAAACCCCAGGAGAAAGGCCAAUCAGAAAGUGGCGAUAGGUUACACCACCAACGCUCACUUCAUUGUUCGGAGCGUAGAAAUAGCUCAGGACUCUACGAUAGCAAGCAAAGCGAGAGGAUUUAUAAAGAUUUGAGUGAGGAAAAAGAACAUCAACUGAGUCAGUACGUGGAGGCCAAAUAUUCUGCAGAAUGCCAACGAAACCCUAAUGAGGUGUCCAAGGAUCAGGCCAUGGAGUUAAAUUGUAAUGCCAGUAGAAGCCAUAGAAGGCAAUAUUGCGGGCAGAGUGAAAAGGAAAAGCCGGAGUAUGAGAAGUGUUUGCUUGGAAAAGAGCACCCGCCAGUUGAUGGCUUGCAGGGAAGCUAUAUUGCCAGACAUCUGGAGAGAGCUAGCGUUCAGCCGCCGAUUGAGAGACAGUUGGCUAAUGCAUGGACUGAGAGCGAACCAGUCAGCUUCAAGAAUCGUAGACAUUGUAACGACGAACACUGCUCUGCCAAACACACAACCGAUAACAAAGAAAUCCAAAGUUAUAGAGUCGAGGAGGACAGGACGAAACCGCAUAUUAGCUAUCAAUCGUCCAGGCCUAAUCUCUAUGACCAGCCAGCAUGUUUGUGCCAGAGUCCGGUUUUUACUCAUCAGUCCCCCCAGCGGCAUCGCAAAGACAGCAACCGAAGCUUGUCUGCUAUUGAGAAGCCAACUCCUGUGCCCUCGAGAGCAGCUUCCCCGAGUAGCAGUACUCACUCGGAUGUGCCUAGCGACUAUCGGGAUUGUCUUGUAUAUGCUAAGAAACGAACAAUACCGUUGUCUCGCUCGCCCUCAACAGACCAGCCCUGGAUGACAAUGGAACGAUCUCCUGUUGCACCCACAACAUGCCAAGAAUCUGCGGCACAGCCAGACAAGGGCAUGCCGCUUAGUUAUUCGUGUACUCCAUGUCCCUGUGCGGAGCGGCAAGUCAAGCAGAAUCAACAACAGCAUGUGCCGCAGAACAAACAGAUGUGGCAGAUGACCUGCGGCGUUAAUCGGCAAUCUCUUCCGUCACACAUCUGCGAGUUAUGUCGCCAACGUAGCUCGUCAAUGGUGGGCAGUCUGUACCAGAAUCAUAGCAGCCCCAUUGCCAAUAUCCAGAUUUCACAUCGCAACCAUCCGCCGCCGCCAUCUUGUCCCGUGCACCCAUCCCACCCCAACUGUUCGGCAGGUAUCGCCUAUCGCAGUUCACGCAGCUCCCCUCUGGAGUGCAAAAAGUGCCAGCUUCAGAUCUCUCCUCCCAAGUGUUGCUGCAUGCCCCAUCCCAGCUGGCCACUCACCAUGAUACCCCCCAGCACACCCUGUGGCUGUGGCACAUCAAAGCUAUCAGACUGCAAUUGUGAUGGCAAUAAUUAUCGUAAUCGCAGUAAUCACGUCAAGGACAUGAAUAGAUUCCGAAAGGAGGUGGUAGCUCACUCAUUGCUUGUUGAGGGACAUGCGUUGCCUCCACCUAGGCUUCACGAGUCUCCAGACCAAGCACUCGCCUCUAGCUCGCGACGCACAGGGCACGCGCGUAUCAAGGCGGGUGAAGUAAAGUGCAAGUACGAGACGGAAGAGGGCAAACAGCAAAAUAAACUGCCUCCAUACGAGCUGCAUUCGGUCGAGGCCAUGAGUAGGAUUGCCACGGAGAAGAGGCAGCACCAACAUUGUCGUUUUAAGGAUCUAGUGUCCGAAGAGUGCUUUGACUCGCAGUCGGACUCGCAGUCGGAGCAAGUUCUGCACAGGUUCAAAGUCCUUUGGCCACCGAUGCUGGGCAGUAGCGCUAAAAAGGGGGCAAAUAAACAGAGGCCGGAAAAGGGCCACAGCAAGAGCACAGCAAAAAGAACCGACGAGAGACGAAGUCAGGGCAAGCCAACGCGAAGCGAGAAAAAAAACGGCGCAAGUCAUACCAUUGGCGACCAAAUCCAGACGUUAUUAGCCCCACCCGAGAAACGAGAACUCCCGCCCCUGCACAAUAGCUCGGACGAGUCGCGGACAGCGCGAUCAAAUCACCCUGAAGGACACGAAUCUGAGCAAGAUACAUCACUGAAUUAUGCCAGCCAGGUCGAGUCAGAUGAGCUGGCGCAUAGACGCGCAGUUACGACAAAAAAUAAAACUAAACCUGAUAAAUUUAGGCCACCUUUCGAUCUGACACCUGACCGCUUGACUGCGCUGUUGAAGGCCGUCCCCAAAAAAUCGUGCAUCAAGAAACGACACGAGCCAAGACCUUGUGAUUCCGGGUCAGAACUAGACCCGCCACAUGAGAAAACCGAGCAAGCCUAUGAUGCCGAUAGCGAUACGCUUUCGGAUGGCACGAUUGCUGCACGGAGGGCUCGGGGCGAUCGUCUUAUGGCACUUGCCUCCUGUAAUUCGCUGACAAAAGUCUGGCAUCUUGCGGAGGACUACGACCAUACAAAUGGUUAUAUGCCACAAAUAACUGGCGGACUGUAUUCGAAUUGGGACAAGCUUAAGUAUCUUCCGAUCGAUGUGAUGCAUGCAGGCUUUGCUGGCCAACCCAUACUCGAUGCCAACGCACAGCGAACCGCCCCCCAACGAGGAGCCUACUUUGCCCGAGAAUUUGCCAAGCUGACUAAAGAGCAGCGGGAACAGGACAUAGCGCUGCGCAUGGGGCAGUUACGGUUGUUUCAACAUGCCUCCGAUGUGAACUACAUGCGCUGCUUGAGCAAGAACGGUGCCCUAGACUGGCAACAGCUGAAUGCCCACGACAUUGAUUCGGUGCGUCACAGCUGCCCCUUGAACGGAUCGACCUGCCCCCCGCAACUGAAUGAGAAACUGCUGUCGCAUUUCAUAUGUGAACAUUUGGAUGAGCCCGGCAUGGAGCUGCGAGAGAUAUUUGAGCACGAGCGUCUGCUACUUAUUUUUAGUCCAAGGUCCUUCCAGUACGGCAUUAAUGCCUGCAUGUCGGUGCUGGCGUACGGAGGAAUACGCGGCUAUUCCAACACAUUGCCCAUAAUGCGCUACAUGCCCGUCUAUAACGCUGGAUUAUCUGAACAAUUUGCGCACUUUACUGGCCAUUUACCAUUGCUUGUGAUGAUCUGCCGGGCCCGGCUUAGUGAGCUGAAUUGCGGCAAGCGAGUCCGGUUUAAGGACGAGAGCCGACCAGCCGCAGAGCCACAGCGUAAGUGUCAAAACAUUUCAGACUUCGAUGAAGAUGAUGAGGAGGAUGUGCUGUGCUUGUGGAUUGCUAGCAUGGAUCUGCCACAGCCCUUGCAUGUCAUGAUGACGGUCUUCAAUCGACGACUGGACGUGACCCGAAGCUCCAUUAUGCAGGUGCGGGGACUGUGCAAAUCGCACAGGUGCCACGACUUUGUGCACACCAGCAGCCACUAUAUGCGACUCAGCGAGUCCGACCUGCGCGUCCUGACCAACGAGUCGUUGGAGCCGCUCUAUUUGGAGGUUUCUGUUCGCGAGUACGCUGCCAACUAUCCGCUAAUAGAUAAAACGCCGUGCCAGCAAAUAACCUGAUUUAUAUUACUUAUCUUUCCUAUUCUACGAUUAUUUGUUCAAAGUCUUUCCAAAAUUUCAGUUCGAAUGUUCCACUGAUGUCCAGUGACUUACUAAUAAAUUAUUUUUUGGCCAUCAA